GAGAUCAGCAGGAGAAAGAAAUAUAAUGGGAGAUUCCGGUAAAGUUAGGCAACGCUUUGUAGACCAAGCGAAGAGUGCCGGGAAGAACAAAGGAUACGAACGGAGUGAUGUUCAUUAACCGGUAACUUUCACUAUGUGCAUGGUCAAUAGUGAAUAUCUCCAGCAGUAGUGGAAGAUACCAGACUGGAUUAGGCAGCCAAAGAUCCCAGCAAGCAGGAUCCCCACGACUAUAAAGAGGCCGUCCUUGUUCCACCCAUCCUCUUCUCAAAACAUGCCACUGGCAGACGAACUUCUUGUACUCACCCGUCCAGUCAACGCACGAAAGAAGCGAGAACCUACCUGUCAACCAGACCCCGUGAUUGAUGAUCUUCUCGAGAAUCAAGCGCAACAUGUCUUCAGGCGGUCCCUACAUUCUGCUGAUGAGCAGACUCGGAAGAGGCGAUGCGAGUCCCUUCGACAUCGGUCAGAUCGUGACGGAUCCCCUCAACCCCGAGAACACGGUGCUUUCGCGCAUCAGCGAGACCGACCUGAGCGAGAGGUACCCGCCGAUCGCCAGAACCACUCGCACAGCCUACACCAAGAAGAUCCACCGCAGCGAAUCUCAGGUUGAUGCGCUCUCCGUCUCCAGGGACGAGGUGCACUCACCCACUGGGCCUGCUCGACAUGCGCGGCAGAACCAGUAUCGCUGGGGACCCGACAAUGGCAACAACGGCAGAGGUGGACUGCCUGGACGGCGCCCCGAGUCAUCGCUGUGGUCGAACGGAUACGACGAACACAUGGCAAGACAGCAGCAGCAGCAGCAGCAGCGGCGCUCCGCGUCACCGUGGAUGACGGGUGGUGGCUUCGGUGGUGUGACUCGACGAUCCCCCGGCGUGAUGCGACCCGACGACUACUGGGGAUUCAAUGCUCAUGAUAUCUUCCCCAGCGCCACCGAACAUUGCGAGUCGAACUAUCCUCAUCCCUUCGGCGGCGACACCACCUGUACCGCCACCACCUUCCUGGAGCCGCGCAACGGCAAGGAUAUUGAGUUCCGCGCCGCCCGCGUCGACGCCCAUUGCCUUCGCGAGUUCCCUUCCAAGGACGAAAUCAAGACUCGCCUGGCCGAUCCGGACCUGCAGCAGAAGUACGCGCGCGCGCAGUCCUGGCUGGCCUGUCUGUCCAGCACCAAGACCUUCUACAUGGUCGUCGGCGUCCAGCGUGCCAGCGACACCUCCUACAAGGUCACCGAGUAUGCCGCCCGCAGGGCUUCCGAGACCUCCGCGGAUCAGCCCGGCCCCGUCACCAUCGCCUACAAUCUCAUCCGCAUCGACAUGGAUCACGCCGGGGAGGUGUCGCUCAGUAACUACUCUCCUAGCCGCUUCUCCGAGGCCGUGCACUUCUGAGGGCUGGUGCUGCAACUCAAGGUGUAUUGUGUGUGCGUUUGCUGGCGUACUAGUUGUAUGCGCACCGCUGAGGGAAGAUUGAGCACGGCGAGCUUGGAUGGUUGAUGUCUAUCGGCGUUUACUGUACUCGUUAGGAUUUUCAUAGCCAAUAUUACUGAAAA